CGCUUCCCUUCGUUCGGCCGCUAACUCAAAAAUUCAUUUUUACAUUUUCUAUGGAGAAGAAGAGGGAAAAAUAAGAGGGAAAAAACAGAACCCCUCAAAAGGAAAGAAAUGGCGCCUCGCGCAUCGUUUCGGCCAUGAUGCUCAAGUUCUUAUGGCAAUCACCAGCAGAAAUAAUCGAUUCUUCCCUCGCCUGCAAUCUCUCUUCUUAAAUUUAAAGAGACGGAAUUGUACUUUGGCGGGGGAAAGAAAGGAGGAGUUUCGAUUAGAAGGACGGUUUGCUGCGGUUGCUGGAGCCAACGGAAGCCUCUUUGAUAUUUCAACAUGGAGAGCAUUCGAUUCCAGGAGUUUCGGGAUAUCCAGGCCCAUGAUUCCAUCGUCGACAUGGACAGUUCUGAAAAUUCUUCAACGGAAAGGUUUUGAAGCCUAUCUAGUGGGUGGAUGCGUGAGGGACUUGGUCCUAAGAAGAAUACCAAAAGAUUUUGAUGUGAUUACCACGGCUAAACUUGGACAGAUAAAGAAGCAAUUUAAUCGUGCCCGGAUUGUUGGAAGGAGAUUUCCUAUAUGCUUGGUGAAUCUUCAGGGUUCUGCAAUUGAGGUAUCCAGUUUUGAAACAGUGGCUGAGCGUGCCAAAGAGGAGGAAAUGAUUUUUCUCCCUCAAAUGUCUACUAAUUGUGAUAGAAAAGAUUAUGUUCGUUGGAGGGACUGUCUGCAUAGGGACUUCACUAUUAAUAGUUUAUUCUUUGACCCGUUUGUAAAUAGAAUCUAUGAUUACGCUGAUGGAUUGAAGGAUUUAAAAACUGGCAAGGUCCGAACUGUUAUCCCGGCUCAACUGUCAUUUAAGGAGGAUUGCGCUAGAAUUUUGCGGGGAAUAAGAAUUGUGGCACGACUUGGUCUGUCAUUUUCCGAGGAGACUGCGGUGGCAAUACACGAUCUUUGUUCAUCCAUUUUGAGUUUGGACAAGCAAAGGUUAAUGAUGGAAAUGAACUUUAUGCUGUCAUAUGGAGCUGCUGAGUCUUCUUUCUUUUUGCUUCGGAGAUUCAAACUUCUUGAUAUUCUGCUUCCUGUUCAUGCGGCAUAUCUAGCUCAACAAGCUGAUAAUCAAUCUGCUCAAAAUUCCAUCAUGCUUAUGAAAUUGUUUUUCAACAUGGAUAGAUUACUGGCCUGUGAUCAUCCUUCUGAUUGCACUCUUUGGAUUGGGUUGCUGGCAUUUCACCUGGCACUAGUAGAAGAACCCCAAGAUGCUCUUGUAGUUUGGGCUUUUUGCUCUACUUUGUACCAUGGGAACUGGAGAGAAGCAGUGAAGUGUGCAAGAGAAAAUGCUUUAGAACACGUUCAGUUUGUACCUGAGAUUUUACAGGCUUGUAUCACUAAAUCAGAUCAAACACUUGCAGAAGAAGUCAGUCAUUUAGCAUCACUAGUUCAAUAUUCUAUAGAUGUUUUGACUGAUCCAAAGUGUCUUCUUGAAUCAAUGUCCAGAUACCCUCUUUUCCCAUGUUCUGGUUUGGUAUUUAUUUCUAAGAGGAUGGGAGAGAUUGUUGCUGGAAUUUUUGAUGUCCUAUUGAAUGAUGUUGAAUCUUAUAUAUAUGAACGGGAGAGCUUUGAGAUCAACUAUGGGUUGCUCGGGAAGGGAGAUUGGAAUGAGAUCAGAUUUGUUCUAGGGAAAGUCAUCAUGAAAACAUUGAGUAGUGGGAUCACCAAAAAACGUCAGCCAACGGCUGUUGCAACUAAAAUUGAACAACAGCAACAGUUAGUGGAAUUAAAAUGGCCUUCAACACUUGAUGGUCUAGAAGAGCAGUCGGCUGUACUAGAGGAGAAAGAGCAAAACUUUCAGGUGGUUGGUGAGAAGGGAGAAUUGUGUCAGGAGGUUGUUAGACAGACAGAGAAUCAUUGUCAAGAGGUGCCAAAGAAAAAGCAUAUUACGAAGGCUAUCAAGGAGGAGACAUGCUCUCAGGAGGCAGUCAAAGAGAAGACAAAAAAACACCAUCAGGCGGUCCUCAUGGAGAAAAAUAAACUUAAAUACAUAUUUAUCGAGGAAGAAAAUAAAUGUGCUGUAGAACAAGAGGUGGUCAAGGCAAAGGCUGAUCACCAUCCGGAGGCGUUCAAGGAUAAGAAGAAAAAAGACCAGUCGCAUUUACCUAGUCUUGAUAAACAGCAGGGGAAACAGUGUCCGCCUCUUUCUAGUCUAUUCAGGUGAGCAAUGAUCUGUUGUAAAUUGUUGUGCUGUCUUCUUAACAUGUAAUGUAGGCAUUUAAAAUUUUUGCCUCUAAUUGAUCAUGAGCAAAUUUAUAGUACCCCUCAGGUCAGAUUUUCCUAGGAUGUCUUCUAUCUAUUUAAGUUGACCCAAGUAGACUAAGUACACCAUACACAACCAGAUCAUUGCAAUCAUCUGCGUCAUGUUCUGGACAAUGAGAAUAGAUAAAGUGAUCGAUUAAUGGCUUUUUGAGAGGCACAUUUUGGCAUCGGCGGCAGUUUCUUUUGAUAUUGUUCAAUGCUAGUGUUGUUAUUACAUUGGAAAAUUUUGGAAUCUACAUGGACCAAGGAUUUUUUCUUUUUUGGAUGUCAGUAGGGGGGAAAAAGAGAGUUUAUGUUUGUGUUUAGAGAUGUUGUGAAGGUGCCUCAUUCUAUUGCUGCAUUUGCUAGAGUUUUGCUGGACUGAUUAUUUUCACCUUUGUUGAUUGAUUUAUUAGGGUUCAAAUUUUGUGUAUAAGUAGGUUCCUUGUAUCAUGAUUGCAUCAUAUCAAUUUGAAUUCAAUCAGAGUUGGUCA